GCAAAACUGAAAGUGUGUCAUCUCUUCAGCUGCAGAGACAAAAUGCUGCUCCUCCUGAUACUUACCGGGUUGCUGUUUGAAGCCUCAAUGUCACAGAUCACCAGUCAUGGAAACAAAACAGCUGACUAUGGGAAGGAUGCAUACUACAGCUGUAAAAUAGAGAACCCAGCAGGUGUGCUGCAGGUCACGUGGCAGAGACUUUUCAGGGAUGACUCCAUUGAGAAUUUGGCCACUUUCAGCAAACGCUUUGGAGAGCAAGUAAAUCAACCUUACGUUGGGAAAAUAGUCUUCACAGAGGCGUCUCUGAGCUCAACGUCCAUCACUGUGAAGAACGUAACGUGGGAAGAUGAAGCCUGUUAUAUUUGCUCCUUCAACGUUUAUCCUGAGGGGUCUCAAAGGAAGCAGAUAUGUCCUACAGUGGAAGGAAUUUCAGAGGAGGAAACAAAAGAUCUUUCUCCCAGCAGGGAACAAAAGAGUUUGAAGAGGAAGUGGAAAUUGUGGUUGGCUGCUCGGGAACAGGUAAACCAGCUCCCACCAUUCAGUGGACCUUCCCUUCUGACGCAACACGUUUAGACAAACCAGAGACUGCUGUCACCGCAAACGGGGACCGGACGUUUACGAGCAGCAGCAACAUCACUCUGCAGGUCCCUUCUGACUGGAACGGCCAUGUGGACUGUGUGCUGAACGAAGGUGUGAUGGGACAUCGAGUGAAGAGUUUCCCUUUUUCGUUUGGUGGUGACGAGAACGAUGGGGAGAAAGUCGUGAAACAGCUGUCUAAAUCAGGGAUCGCCCUCGUCAUCAGUUUGACAUUGUUUAUCAUCUUCAUCGUUGUUGCUAUUGCACUGAAGAGACAGAGGUUAAAGAGAAACAAAAGGAAUGGAAAUGUUCUUUCAGUAACAUGUCAUAAUCCUGUCCUGUCACCGGGGCCUUGAAAGCACCUUCAAAGUAUGUAUUUAUUACAUGGAACCUGUUAGCAGAUAACUAAGCUAUUAGACUUCUAUAUGAUAUUUAUUUUCCAAUGGAGUGCUACAAUACUCUGUAGCACUUGACUCUCUCUCUCUCUCUCUCUCUGUCUCUAUCCACUUUAAGUCUGAGUUUUGAGCAGUUGACUUUAGCCUUGUCCAGGGUUCAAGUGACUGCAGCAGUGUGCAAUAGUUAAACUUGGCUUCAAGCUGCUUAUGCGGACAGUUAAAAAGAUGUGUUGUGGAUCUAAAACAAGAAACAUCCUGUCAAUGUCACACAGUGAGGCUAUACUGCCAUCUAGUGUGCUUUAUGGGAACAACAGCGACCAAGAAAUGAGGAAAAUGAGCCGAAUACUGCUCCUCAACCAUAAACAUUUCAGUCUCUUUUUGUGUUUUUGCACUGGAAAUAGGCACUUUUAAAUCCAUUUAUUGAUUUAUAAGUGUGUAAUGUGAUUUACAUUAUAAUUUAAUUCAUUAGAUUGUAUAUUGAUGUUUAAAUGUAUGACUUGUUUAUGAUCAACAGUUUAGCACUUUUCUAGCACUGCAGCACUUCUUUGUUCAAUGUGUGUGUUCUCAUGUUAUUUAUAGUUCAAACCUCAAAUGCACAUUUGCUGUCUGUCUAUAAUUGCUGCAUUGUGCUACUUAAGGUAACUUGAAUAAUAUAAUUAUAAUAAUUAUAAUAUAUCGCAUUCGUUUGCAAACUAAUCAUGGCUGUGCAAUUAUAGAAUUACAGUGUUUUAAUCUCUGAGCUGACUAGAGGGUCUAGUAAUGUAUUGUUUACUAGGCCUAUAUUAUAUUUAUUUACGUGUCUCCUUCAUUAAAUCAUACUGAUUUCACCUGUGUCUUUCAGCCUUGAGUUCAGUUUUUGACUUUCAUUGUGCACAAAAAAUAAAUGGAAUUGAAAUCUA